AUGACGAGCUCCCACGGCCAUAGGGACCCGCCGAUCGACAAGCGCGACUUCGAUGCGAACCGGCCACUGCUUCAAGAUGGUGAUACGGAAGGGCACACUGGGCAUUCAACACCGUAUCCUCGAUCACAACCGGAAUCAAGUCACUCGCGCCUUUCGGUCGACAGCGGAAGCCGUAAUGCCGACGAUGGACUGCUGAACGAUGUGGUGGAGGGUAUUGUCGAGCGUGAUCGACAGAAGAUACACAGGGAGGUGGUUCGGGUGGUGAGCUUUGUCUGGGGCGUGGUUACUUGUCUUGGUGCUGGAAGUAUCACCGCGUUCUCCUUAUACGGGCAUCUGCUGCUUACCCGGCUUCGCUACACUCAACUGCAAGUUAACGCGGUGUCCAUUGCGGCGGAGGUUGCAAUGUAUCUGCUCGUGCCAUUGUUUGGGUACCUUUGCGAUCGAUACAGCCCGUCGCCGUUGUCGUUAGGGUCGGCGAUCUUAUUUGGACUGGGGUAUCUCCUCGCUGCCUUUACAUACAAGAGCGGCCCACCCGAGGAUGUUGGUGGCACCGGAUGGCCAUUCUGGGUCAUGAUAGUGGCCUUCAUCUUGGUCGGAAUGGGCACCAGCUGCAUGUAUUUGUCUGCCGUGGCAACAUGCGCAAAGAACUAUGGCCGGGGGAAACACAAGGGUAUCAUGCUUGCUGUUCCCAUUGCGGCAUUCGGCCUGAGUGGCAUGUGGCAGAGUCAGCUGGGAACUUACGUGCUGUGUGAGCGUAAUCCCGAUGGCAGCCGUGGUGAUGUGGAUGUGUUCCGAUACUUCCUUUUCCUGGGGCUGCUGCUUCUGGCCAUUGGAAUAAUCGGUACAUUCGCUCUGCGCAUUGUUGACGACGAGGAAGAGAAAUACAUUGAUGAGACAGUUGAAGAACUGGAGCGCAGUGGAUUGCUCGAAGAGAGCGAUUUCUUCCGUCCACGCAGUGAUAUAAGGGCCGUGCUCGAAUAUGGCACCUUUGGCUCUGACGAUGAUGAAGAGUCGGUGACUCUUUCGGAUCAGGAGCGGGAAGAGCAGAGGCGUGAGAAGGAGCGCCAGGAAGAGGAACGUCGGAAGAAGAACUGGCUCCUCAACUAUGAAACGCGGGUUUUCCUCCAGGAUCCGACGAUGUGGUGGCUGGCUGCUGGCUUCUUCUUGGUCACUGGGCCGGGAGAGUCGUACAUCAACAACCUCGGCACUAUCAUCCCGACUCUCACUCCCCGAUUCUAUUCUCCUCUUGCUCCUCCGCCGGCCGGUCUCCCAUCCACUCAUGUUACCACAAUUGCCUUGACCUCGACCAUCGCCCGGCUCCUCACGGGAUCUCUUUCUGAUUUCUUUGCACCUCCAGCAACACAUCUUUUCCCACCGAUCCCAGAGCACAGCCGACAUCGCUUCGGCCCGUCUGAAACAGGCGGUCUCACGCUUUCUAGGAUGACCUUUCUACUUCCAUCCGCACUCCUUCUUUCCAUCGGAUACCUUCUACUCUCAUCCCCCCUCCCAAUAGACCACCCACCGGUCUUCCAUGUCACCACCGCACUAGUUGGAUUCGGCUACGGCAGUGCAUUCUCACUAACACCGAUCCUCAUCUCCGUCGUAUGGGGUGUGGAGAACUUCGCCACGAAUUGGGGCAUAGUCGCCAUGAUGCCAGCCCUCGGCGCCGCGCUCUGGGGCGUUGUCUACUCCCGUUCUUACCAGAAUGCCCUGGAUGCGAUCGGUUCGCCUGAUGGGCAGUGCUAUGGUUGGAAGUGCUAUGGGUACUGGGCGGUGGGCUGCACUAUCAGUGUUUGGGUGGCUCUUGUGGUUUGGUUAGCUGCCUGGAGAGGUUGGAAGAAACGCGGUGUUGUCGUCUAG